UGUGAAUUUUGUUCAAUAUUGAUUUAAAAAAAACAAAACCGACAUGUAAUUGGUCUCAAAUCAAUUUGAAAUUUGAAACUCUAAAUAUUAAUAGGCAAACAAACCCAACGUGGCUGUGGAUGUCAUUGUGACUGUCCCAAACUCGGCGCCGCUGCUGAUUGAUGUAUUCAUACGUAUUGUUUUGUUAUGCCCAAACACGAUUACGUUUGAGAGCUUUGAUAACAAAACCGACUGCAAUCACUGCAAAUGCUAGCCAUUUUUAUCAGAUAAGAACUCACCAACACAUAAUAUUUAUUUACCCACAUUUCAAUUGAUUAAAAUACUGUUUGGGAGGUAUUCCACGUCUACUCACUUUCUAUUUUAUUUUUCAAUCACAUUUUGUGGCUACUGCAGUUGUUUAAAAUGUUUCGUACAAUAUACAGCAAGAAGCGAAAGCAAUGGAACGGCGCAACAACGGACUCGGUCUUCAAUCCUCACACAUCUUUGGGAAAUGUUAUUCUGAGUGAGCUUCAAGUUAACGGAUCUAGAGUUGCUCAGAUUUGCGCCGAAACCGGCAAAUGCACCACAUUCAAUGAGUUGCAUACAUUAACUAUUCGUGUGGCGAAGCGUCUUCGAAAUGUUGGACUUGAAAAAGGUGAAGUCGUAUUUUUCGUAACAGAUAAUACCUCCGAUAUUCCAGCGCUGGUGUUUGCAGCAUUGUGUUUAGGAUGUGUGAUAACAGCGCGACGAUCAAGCUCUUCAAAGCUCGAACAUGUUCGCUAUUUGAGCAUUGUGUGGCCGAAAUAUGUAUUUUGUGACUUGGAAUACUAUGCCAUGAUGAAGGACUGUCUCGCUGAAUUGAAGAUUGAAGCCAAAUUCUUUACAUUUGAUGGGCAAAGUGAAGGAUCGAUUGCGGUAGAUGAUUUGUUCAAAGAGGAUGACAUGGACUUAUAUUUCGUCCCAACUAAAGUCGAUGGUAUCACGGACACGGCAUUUAUUUUCCAAACAUCUGGCACAACUGGCAUUCCAAAAGCUGCUCGUUUCUCACAUGCGGCUAUAUUAGACAAAAUAAGGCGGUUAUCACAGAUGAUCGGAUCAACGGACGUUGUACUCGGAUUUGAAAGAUGGUACGUGGUAACUGGGUUGCGUGCUUUUCUCGGCGCUACAUUAAAUGGUUCAACGAGAAUUGUGAAUGAGGGUUCUUUUUCGCCGGAACGGUUUUUCGAUCUGGUUGAACGGUACAAAGUGACAUUUGCACUGGGUGCAGCACACAAAGCUUUCCAAUUACUAAAUCAUCCCCGAAUCAAUAGUUCCGAUCUGUCCAGUGUGAAACACUAUACCAGCGGUGGAGUAAAAACAUCAUUUGACGUCAUUCAGAAAGUGAAUGAAUAUUUAAAGGGUGGUCGAUUUUGUCAUAACUAUGGAAUGACUGAAACAUUUGGAAUAGUCGCCAUUAAUCUGUACCAUUCCAAAAAUAACAGCGCCGGUCAAUUGAUCAGUGGAUGCGAAGCGAAAAUAGUUAACGAACACGGAGAACGAUUGGGUGUCGAUGAAGAUGGUGAGCUCUGCAUAAAACAAACAUAUCCGUUUCUUGGCUUUGUUGGCAAUGAAACAACAAAUCACCUUGAUGGUGAGGGUUUUUUGGCCACUGGUGACAUCGCUCAUUUUGAUCAGAAUGGCGAUCUGUUCAUUACUAGACGGAAAAAAGAGCUCUUCAAAUGCUAUGACUAUCAUGUGAUGCCAACGGAAAUCGAGGAAUUCUUAAACAAAAUCGAUGGUGUUCAGCAAUCGUGUGUGGUACCCAUUCCAAAUCCGAAGUGUGGUUAUAUCCCAGCUGCCGUAAUUGUUAAAACAAACCAUUCAACAUGCAAUGAACGAUCCAUUUAUGACGCUGUAGCAAAUACAUUUUCGGAACAUAAACGACUUGAAGGCGGUGUCUACUUUGUAGACUCACUACCUGUGACCGAUUCUGGUAAAAUUGUUCGACAUUUAGUUGCAAAAGACGCAGUCGAGUUUUACUCAAGCACAAAAGGAAAAGAUUUCUCAUUGGACGAGUCAACACACAUUGUUUUAUUCGAUUAGGAUGUAAAUAAAAUGUGUUCAAUCUGUAGAGGAAAAUUAUCAAAUGUAAAAUAAAUGCGAAGAAGAUCAUUCACAAUUACAA